AUGGAUGAACAAUUAUUGGAUGCAAUGUGUGACCGGCUCAAGCCAGUUCUUUACACAGAGAAUAGCUUCAUAGCUCGUGAGGGGGAUCCAGUAGAUGAGAUGCUCUUUGUCAUGCGAGGAAAUCUAUUGACUAUGACUACCAACGGUGGUAGAACUGGCUUCUUCAACUCCAUUGAUCUCAAGGCUGGUGACUUCUGUGGAGAAGCACUUCUUACAUGGGCUUUGGAUCCCAACUCUUCCUCUAGUCUUCCCACUUCAACCAGAACAGUGAAAGCCAUUACAGAUGUUGAAGCUUUUGCCCUUAUGGCUGAUGACAUGAAGUCUGUGGCCUCCCAGUUCCGUCGUCUACACAGCAAGCAGUUCCAGCACACUUUCAGGCAAUGGAGGACAUGGGCAGCCUGUUUUAUACAAGUAGCAUGGCGCCGACAUUUUAGAAGGAAGCUAGACAAGUCUCUGCGCGAGGAAGAAAAUAGACUGCAGGAUGCAUUGGCAAAAGAAGGGGGAACAUCACCAAGCCUUGGUGCCACCAUUUAUGCGUCAAGAUUUGCCGCCAAUGCACUACGUGCUUUGAGGCGCAAUCGUGCACGCAAUGCGAAAAUGCCACAGUGGUUACCUCCUUUAUUGCUUCAGAAGCCAGCAGAGCCUGAUUUUAGUGAUGAAGGUCAGUAA